UAUUAAUGUCCCGUGUAGGUCGCCCUUAUUAAUUGAGCACUUUAUGUACGGUAACGUGUCUGUAUAGGAAAUGGAGUUAUAAGAUGAAAGCGCUACUGCAGCUACUCAGUUUGACCUAAUAUCCGUUUGUUAAGAAGAGAAAAAAAAGUCGACACUGGCCGUUAAAGGGGGACCUACGUACCGCCUACAGCCGCGAUGGCGAUAGCUUCUCCAAUUUAGUAGUGGAACGUUGUCGGGUGAAGAAGCAAAGCGUACGGUUUGCGGUAUGGUGUGCGAAUAGACGUAGGCUGCCGGAGUUUACUCGCAUCUGGAGUGGAAAAUGUAUAUGGAGAAGCGCUGUAGGAAAGGAAAGUGUAUACAUUUUUCGUGAUCGCGUGCAGGGGAGACAAUGACAGGGAUUCUAUGUGGUUUACCAGCCUCGGUGGCGGUGAUAUGCACUUUGAUCGGCCUGUGUGUUCAAAAGGGGGUAGCCUCAUACAAUGACCACAAUGGACACUGGUGUCCCCGAGUUCAAACGAGACUGGUCACCGCCCGUUGUGUUCAGCGUACGACCUGGGACUGGCGAUCACAAAAUACAUACAGGUCCGUGUACCAGCCGAGAAAAUACACAAUUGUAUACAGACACGUCAGAGAAGUAAAAUGGCGGUGCUGUCCGGGAUUCACGGGAGAUAACUGUGCUGAUGAAUGUUUUAACUGUGGUACGAUAGAUGAUAUAAAGAUGAGACUAGCAAAUACCGAGAGUAUUGUACGAUCACUGACCUACAGCCAGUCUUUACCAAACGCUCUACGCAGUGUUCACGAAUCAAAGUCCUUAGAGGGUGCCAAGUUGUCCGAGGAAUCCGAGUCCUUAGACGAGUCAAAGUCUUUAGAACACUGCGAGUGUCCAGCUGGGCCUCGUGGUCCCAGGGGUCCGAAGGGUGAGAGAGGCCAAACAGGAUACCCAGGGUCUCCCGGUUUACCUGGUAUCACACAGUCAGCGUCGGCUAGAGAAUUGGGGCCCCCGGGGCCUGUUGGUCCCCCAGGGCUACCGGGACCACGUGGACCGAUGGGGCCAACCGGGAAAGCAGGCAGUCCAGGAAAACCCGGGAAAACGGGAGCAAGAGGCCCACCUGGAAAAACAGUAAAGGAAGACAACUCUCAACUAGCUUUGGAGAUCGAGGACCUGACAGACAGAAUCAUGGUGCUAGAAACUGAGAUAGGCCACCUGAAGAAGGAACUCAACACAUCGCGGUCUCUCAAAGAACAUUACGAAAUCCUUGAAGCCAGAAUAGUAUUGCUGGAGGAAAUAUUCCCCAAGUUAGCUGAGUUAAACGGUUCGAAAGGGUCAGCAUUACUUCCCAUUCUAAGAGAGUAUGCAGACCAACGUAGAAGCGAAACGCCGCCCACAAAAGGCAGCCAUGAUUCAAAACCGUCCACUAUAAAGAAACCGCCCAGCUGAUUGGUCCUAUGUUUAGUAUUUCAGAAUUUGUGUGCAAUGAUUGGUUGAUGCGUGACUCACUCUGCCAAUCCAAACAGUUCUUACCUCAGACUCUUGGAGAAAGGUUUCACUGAAGGGUUUUUAACUGCAGUGACCGUAGAUGGUUUUAUGUUGUUUGUUUAUCUCACAAUAAUGAAUCUUGCUCAACAUCACUGCCAUGGAGAAGAGUAACCUCUGCUUAUACCAGAUAUAUUCGUGAUACUGAAUGGCACUCGUCAGAUCAAAGCGCACCCUUGGUUAAUAUUAGGCCUACUGAAUGUGACUUUGAUACAGUUUAAAAAACAUAAACAAUUAGGUGAUAUUACAGAUUUUGUUGUAGAUAUUCUUGCUGUGAUAAUGUCAAUCAGUUUAAGUUUGAAAACCACAUCUGUAGUAUAAUUUUACAAAGAACAAAUAUAAUGGACUUCAAAGAGAAAUGCAUAUAGUAGGUCAUGGUUACUAUCGCUUAAAACUUCCAUAAUCAGUAUGCAUCGUGCUAAGAUUCACAGAUAAACUACACAAAAACAAGCAUUAAAAAUCACCGAGUAUGACAAGGUUCGAUUUCUAGAAUUCUGAACUUUCAUAAUUCAAUAUAUUCCUUGGUAUUCCCCACAAUAUGUCUUAACAUAACUAUCUUCCAUUGUUUUUUUAUUCAUCGAAUAGUGCCGACAUUAUCGAUAUCAUUAAUCUACAAUGAACAGCUGACACUAUCGAUACUUGCAUUGCUGUCACGAUAGUUCCGAAGAAUCGCUUGGUGUGCAAGUGUUGAAGUACCAGGGAACUAGUAGGGGAUACAAAGGGACAGUUGUCUCCCAAAUAAAUUACAAACUAUAUGUACAUUUUUAAUCUGAAAUGUGCUAUUUCUUGAGCCACAAUGAAAUCACAUGAAAAGAAAACAAGAUUUCUAAGAGGACAACCUAGCAUCUGUUAAUGAAUGGGGAAGGAUUAGUAUUCCAAAAACGAUUUUCGAUUACGAGAAAACUAUUGUAGCAAAGUAUGUAAUUUAGCGCCCAGCGAUUAAUAGAAAGUAACAUGUUGCAGAGUCAGUAGUGAGAUAUAGUUGGUUAAUACGAACUGAAUCUGAACUACACUUUCUAUACGAUAAGUUGAAAACUUGAAAAUGUUCACUCAUGAAGUUGUGUUUGUCUUCACUGUUGGACAUUUCGUUCUUGUUAUUUGGAUUUUAAUGUCAGCUUUUGUUUAAAGGUAAGUUAUCACUGGAUGACAUUUAGUAACGAUAUGCAGCACGAAAAUAUGCAGAAAGAUGAUACAUCAAAUCGCAAACUAGCACUUAAUACAAGUUCCAGUGAAAUUGCUUUCUAAUGGAUCGCUGGAAACAAAAAACGUUAGACAUGUCAUAAUAAUGAUUCAGAUCAAUUCAUUUUAUUUUCGCAUUCCUUACGGAACACACUAACAAAACAGCCUACAACAAAAAAAAGGUUAAAGAAAAUCAGUUGGCUAUACGUCACAUGACAGAAUAUGUUUACCAAUUAUUGAUUCGGUACAAGACAACCUAACCAUUAACGUUUUGCUGUAGCAACGUAGGGACGUGUAUAUGUUAGUAACACCUCUGGGCCCAAUUUCACAAAACAUUGUAAGCCUAGUUUUGCACGUAAACGUAAAUCGACUACUAAACCAACCAUUCUUAUUACUAUUAUAGUCCAACAAAUAUAGUUUGAAGAACACAUAUUUUAAUUUCUUUUGUCCUUAAAAUACUCCAGCUUCCGUAAUGAUGUAAUGUUCUGCGUGAAAUGGACGCCAAAUGCGUGUAAACGCAUGUCCGGUAUAACUGCUAGUAGCAGACGUAAACUUACGAUGUUUAGAAAAAUGUGCCCCUGAUACUUAGGUUGCGUAAUAACAGGACUAGUUUGAAAAUCGAUGGAUUACAAUGGUAAAAUGUGUUACUUGAUUCAAUUAAUUGUGGGAAUACAAGUAUAAAAUUCGAUUUUUUCUUCAAUCUCCUCUAUCACAGAAUGUCCAAACACUUUAGUUUCUAUCUAAACCAGAAUUUCUUCCGUUUCAAUAUUCAAACCAUCUGCAGUUUGCUAAUAACGGUUUGAUGACAUUUUUUCCGAAUUAGGAUUUCAGUUUUAACGUAUAGCAUCGAAUAAGUGUUCAGUAUCAUUAUUGUACAUUGUUGUUUUUUAUAUACGAAUGAGGCAGAACUCGGAUACCUUUAUUCUUCGUUAUACUGCAAUAUUAUAUUAAGUGUGAGAAAACCCUUAGCAUGGAACCACACAUUUAUCAAGCACUACGUGCAUCCAUACCUCAUUUUGAUACUUUUGAUACAAAUGUAUUUGUAGAUUUUAUAUUAUAUUAUUAUUUUUGUAUUAUGGCACAAUACAAUAUAUAGUGAAUAAAUUAACUUUUCACAACUA